CUCUCUCUCUCUCUCUCUCUCUCUCUCUCUCUCAGAUAUAAAACACUGCAUUGCAAGUUUGCAACAUAGAUUUUUCACAAACCCAGAGAGAGUUGGGAUGUCUCAGUUCUUCUGCUUCGAGCUCGAAGUCGAAACCGAUAACAUUUCAUGAUCACAUCAACAUUGGAGCUGUGAAGCCAAUUGUGAACAGAAACAAGAGGGAGGUCCGGGCUCAAAACGAUGCCGUUGAAUAUAGUGAAUAAGGGUGAUGGAUUUCCCCGAAUCAUACUCACCGAGCCAACUGGUUCUUCAGCAGAGGUGCUUCUGUAUGGAGGGCAGGUUGUUUCGUGGAAGAACGAAAGACGCGAAGAAUUGCUCUUUAUGAGUAGCAAAGCUACUGGGAAACCGCCUAAAGCGAUCAGGGGAGGCAUACCCGUCUGCUUUCCGCAGUUCGGAAAUUUUGGUUCGCUGGAGCAGCAUGGAUUUGCAAAGAACAGAUUGUGGUCUGUUGAUAGUGACCCUUCGCCUUUGGCUCCAACUAACAAUCAGACGUCAGUGGAUUUGAUCUUGAAGUCUACAGAAGAGGAUCUAAAGACCUGGCCGCGCAGCUUUGAGCUCCGGCUUCGUGUUUCUCUCAAUGCUGGCAAGCUCACUUUGAUUCCCCGUGUUAGGAAUACGGAUAGCAAGACCUUCUCCUUUACAUUUGCCCUGAUUAACUACUUAUAUGUAUCAGAUAUCAGUGAAGUGCGUGUGGAGGGCCUGGAGACACUUGAUUAUCUCGACAAUCUGAUGCGCAGAGAAAGGUUCACAGAGCAGGCAGAUGCUAUCACCUUUGAUGAAGAGGUCAACCGAGUGUAUUUGGGCACGCCGACAAAGAUAGCCAUGAUAGACCACGAGAGGAAGAGAACCUUUGUUAUGCGGAAGGAUGGCAUGCCGGAUGCAGAAAAUCGUGUGAUCUGCAGUUGUGUGGAACCCUUGGGACAAAAAGGCCAAGACCAUCCCUGAUUUGGGAGAUGAGGACUACAAAACCAUGUUAUGUGUAGAUUCUGCGGCCAUUGAAACCCCAAUUUUCUUGAAGCCUUCCGAAGAGUGGAAGGGCCGUCAAGAACUCUCUACCGUGUCAUCAAGCUAUUGCAGUGGGCAGUUGGAUCCUCGCAUGGUUCUUCAUGGCCUUUACUGACCAACCAGUGGCGUAAACGGAGGUCUUGUUGUAAUUUAAGUCCCCUUAUUUGAUGUACCUGAGACAUCCUCUCGUUGUUCAUGUAUUGUCCUUGUUGUGGUACUUAGGAUUUUCCUGAAGCGAAACAACGUUAGCUGCGUGUAAAAUGUGGGAAUAACAUUUGCAGGAUUGCACUGUCACAUAUCGGCAACAGAAUACAUGUUCGGUAUUUGAAUGUUGUUUAGUGAAUGUGUUUCAUGAUGCCA